GCUCCAUCCCCUUCCAUGUACCAUUGGGCUUAACUAUGAGUUCAGCAUAAAUGAAGGAUGGGAAGGGGUGGGAAGGUGGUAGAGUGGUUUUAUUAGAAGGUAAGAGCAGUCAGCCUAAAAGAUUAUUUGGAGCCUGGCUAAAUCCAUCACUGAGAUUCUGAACCAAAAACUGCUCCGAGAUCACCAGUAACACUGGAUUCUGAGGUUGCCCUUUAUUUCUGUGUUACAAUUGAGUUCCCAACUAUCAGACUUGAGUCAUCAUAGAAAGAAAUACACAGCACUCAAAACAACUGUAUGUAAUUCGCACCCACUCACUCAAAUUGUGAGGGCCUGGGCUGCCUCUCAGCUGCCGCAGUAGUCCCAGCAGUGAUGAGUACCUUGCUAUGCACACACUAGAAAUAUCAUAUCAUUGUAAAGAGCAGUUGAGUAUAACCAAACAAAUAAAUUAUUUAGUUCUUUAGGUUCUUACCUAGCUUAUGCCUUCUUUGGCUUAGUAUAAAAAUCAAAACUCGGGUAUUUGGAAUAAAGUCUUGCCUUUCUGGUUUAGUAAGUAUGGUUCUCAGCGGGUUUGCUCUGGGACCUUUGGCUGUCAGGCUCAGCAAAUUAGGUAGCUUCUUUUUCCUUAGGGUAAAUAUUGUUGCUUCAAAAUCCCUCUUUCCUCCAUUUUACCGAGCUAAGGUGGUUGGGUACUUUGAACUGUUGGAUCCUCUCAGGUGACGACCACGCAGACCAGGUUGAGGAGCAUGGCUGGUGUUCAGGAGCUCAGCGGGGAGUGCUGUGCUCCAGCGCCUAGAUCACCAAAGCUUUGAAUCGACUUAGAUUUGUAGGUGAGGGAACAGAGGCCCAAGGAGGAUCCAGUUACCCAGGUAACCAGGUUGCAGACAUACUGAUUGGGAGUCGUAGGUAUAAGGGCAGGGGUGUGUUUGGGUAAAUGGGGUGCAGUAUUUGGAGUGCGAGAGGCCCAGCUUCAAACUGAGCUCUGUUCCCGGGUGACGGCGUGAUCUCCCACCCAGUACCCUACCCCCGCCCGCCCCGCGGUCCUCGGUUCCUCCUCGGUCCGCCAGCAGCGGUGCGAGGCGUCGACGCGCCGCUCCGCAAGCCGGCGGCCCUGCGCGCUGGAAGCCCCGAGGCCCGGGACGGCGCCGCGCCGACGCCCGCUGCCUGGCGGCCGGCCCGGCUUCCCGCGCCCGCCGGCCCGCGCCCAACGCUCGGCUCAAGGGUCGCCCGCGGCCGGAUGCCUUGCGUCCGCUCCCUCCUCCGCCUCCUGGCGGCCCUGGCGGCCUGUGGCGCCGUCGCCUUCCUGGGAUACUGUGUUUACUUCGACUGGAAGCGGCGCGGUGACCCCGCGUUCAGGCGCCGCCUGCGGGACAAGAGAAGAGCCCAGCAGCAAAAGACCGAGGGUCAGGGCGCCCAGUUGUGGGAUCCAGCAAGGAAUGAAAAAUUGCAAGAACUUUUUCUGCAAGAGGUACUAAUGGGAGAACUUUGGUUAUCCAGAGGAGAGCACAGAAUGGGGGUUGAACACCUCAGCAAUGCCCUUUUAGUGUGCAGGCAACCGAGGGAACUUCUGAAGGUCUUUAAGCACACACUGCCUCCCAAGGUGUUUGAGAUGCUGUUACACAACAUUCCCCUUCUUUGCCAGCAAUUUGAGGCAGACAUGAAUGAACAGGAAUACUUGGAGGAUGAUCCUGAUUGAGAAACAUUUCAACGUAUCCACAGUCCAGUCAGAAUAAUAUGGUUCUAUACAGUAAAAACAACUGCCCAGUGACACUUCCAUUUAUUUUACUUUUAGUAAUAAAAAAUUUCUCUAUCUCA